AUGACUGCCAAGUUAGUCAAUGCUCCAGAAUACCCACGAAUGUUGGAAUAUGAAUCUAACAUUUUCUUUGCCAGGUUUGAAUACCCAGCUGAAACUACUCGCCAUAUUGCGACAAUUCUCGGAUUUCCCUCCAAAUGCUCAUUGCCUCCUGUCCACUAUCGCAAUGCAUGUGAGGAAAUAUCUCAGCUGGCUAAGUUAGUAUCCGAAUUUGAGCCAGUGCGUCUAUACACGAAGCCUGAAGACGUCAAAUUGGCACAAUCAAUGAUUAGCAACAAAGACUGCGGUUCCUUUGGGGUCGACAUCAUUCCAUUCGACACCAACCAUCUCUGGGUUCGCGAUACAGCGCCAGUAUACGUUAUUGGUGGUGAUUCAAACCCAGAAGACAGAGAUAGGCGGCUAGCGAUCAACUUCAGGUUUCACGAAUGGGGCAACAAAAUCUCUCUGCAGAAUGGAUUAGAGAUCGAUUACGAGUGGCCAGACUUGGGUGAAGAUGAGAUUCGAAAAAAUUCAACUUUCGCCAAACGGGUGAUUGAAAACGAUUUCCACCCUUCCCCAGUGACCUGUAUCGAAUCAAAAGUGUGUUUGGAAGGAGGCGCCAUAGUUUGCGAUGGCGAUGGUACACUGAUCGCCAGUGAAAGCAGUAUCAUUGACAACGAACGAAAUCCCGGACUGUCUAAGCAGACUAUCGAAGAAGAGCUGAGCCGUUUGCUUGGAGUUAAGAAGUUUAUCUGGUUUCCGGGAUUUAAAGACCUGGAUGUCACAGAUGUUCAUGCGGACGCGGAGGUGCAAUUUGUUCGGCCUGGUGUUGUUGUUCUCUCUCGGCCUCAUCAGUCUGCCCCGAAAGAUUGGUGGAAAGUUUACGAGCAAGUGAAAAGAGCACUCACACUUGAAAAGGAUGCAAUUGGUCGCCAAAUUCAAAUUCACACAAUCGAUGAACCCGACCCGAAGUUUACGAAGAGUUCAAAGCAUGAGGAUCCUGCUACCAACUAUGUGAACUUCUAUUUUGUCAAUGGAGGGCUGAUUAUCCCUGGAUUUGGGGAUCCACAAAAGGACAUACAAGCACUGGAGACCAUGAAGGCACUGUGCCCCGAUCGUAUUGUCAAGCAAAUUCAUGUCAAUGCCCUUCCUCUGAACGGUGGCGUUAUACAUUGCUCUACACAGCCUGUCAUUGAUAUCAGCGGCGGUUUCUGA